UACUACUGCCCAGCCAUGGACUGCUACCUGCUACUGCUGCUGCUGCUCCUGGGACUAGCAGACCAAGGCUCAGCUGACAGUCAUCCCGAGGUGUUACAGGCACCGGUGGGGUCAUCCAUUCUAGUGCAGUGCCACUACCGGCUCCAGGAUGUGAGGGCUCUCAAGUUGUGGUGCCAGUUCUUGCAGGAAGACUGCCACCCACUAGUGACCUCAGCGGUGGACCGAAGAGCUCCGGGAAAUGGGCGCAUAUUCCUCACUGACCUGGGUGGGGGGCUCCUGCAGGUGGAAAUGGUGACCCUGCAGGAGGAGGACACAGGGGAGUAUGGUUGUGUGGUGGAGGGAGCUGCAGGACCCCAGACCCUGCACAGGGUCUCCCUGUUAGUGCUUCCACCAGUCCCUGGCCCAAGAGAGAGGGAGGAAGCAGAGGACGAGAAAGAAACCUAUAGAAUCGGAACCGGAAGUCUGCUCGAGGACCCCUCCUUGGACCCUUCCUCGAGUGCUGGUCCUCACGAGUUCAGACGUCGAGAGAACAGGUGUCAGAAGCAGUGUAUUCCCCUGAUCUGGGGUGCUGUGCUCCUGUUGGCCCUGGUGGUGGUGGCUGUGGUGAUAUUUGCUGUGAUGGCCAGGAAGAAAGGGAACAGGCUUGUUGUCUGUGGCCCGUCCCAGAGCACUGGCGUUUCAGGAAUGGACCCUUCCUCAGCAGCCCAUCAUAGCAGUGACGCGGGACUACCCUCGGACAUACCACAUGUGAGGCUCGACUCACCGCCUUCCUUUGACUCUAUCUACACAGGCUCCUCUCUUGAUCCACCAUCAAGGGAACCCCCGGCUCCACCCUCACAGCCCCCUCUGCCUCCUAAGGUUCUGAUGUCUUCCAAGUCUGUGACAUAUGCCACAGUUGUCUUCCCAGGAGGGGACAAAGGUAAAAUAGCCUCCUGUGAGCCAGUUCAGGACCCACCAAACAGUCAAAGUCCACCCAGUAAAUAGUACACUUUAAUUUAUUACUCUUGGGAUCACCCCUGGGGAAUUCUCUGCAGCUCGUCCAACUAGCUCUGCGUCUUAUGCCCAGAGUAUGUCAGCGGCUGGUGACUCAGGGCUCCAAUCUAGUAUCUUGGUUUGGUGCACUCAGGAAGUGGUGCCCCGGUAUGAUUGAGGUGUUUGGGGGAAGAAUUCUUUUCUGCUGCUUCCUGGUGCUGGGUCUGCCGUCAUUACAUAUUGGCUAAAUAAACCUAGAGGAUAUAUAA